GCCUGAAGAACCUUUCCCGCUUCUAUCCUAAGGUUUUCUGUUCCCUUUUCUUCUUGUUCUUCUUUCUUUGAUCGAAUAGCUGAAACCCCACAAAGGAGCAGUUUUUUUAAUAAAAAAUGGUGAAGAUCUGUUGCAUCGGAGCUGGAUAUGUCGGCGGUCCGACAAUGGCCGUCAUUGCGCUGAAAUGCCCCAACAUUCAAGUGGCUGUUGUGGAUAUAUCUGUAGCUAGAAUCAAUGCCUGGAACAGUGAUACACUCCCCAUCUACGAGCCUGGCCUCGAUGAGGUGGUGAAGAAAUGCAGGGGCAAAAACCUUUCCUUUAGCACUGAUGUCGAAAAACAUGUCUCCGAAGCUGAUAUAGUGUUUGUCUCGGUCAACACCCCGACGAAAACCCAAGGUCUCGGAGCGGGGAAAGCCGCUGAUUUGACCUACUGGGAGAGUGCUGCUCGAAUGAUUGCCGAUGUAGCGAAAUCCAACAAGAUUGUGGUCGAAAAAUCGACCGUCCCUGUUAAAACAGCCGAGGCGAUCGAGAAAAUUUUGACACACAAUAGCAAAGGGAUCAACUUUCAGAUCCUUUCCAACCCUGAAUUCCUUGCUGAAGGGACUGCGAUUUCGGAUUUGUUCAACCCUGACCGUGUUCUUAUCGGUGGCAGGGAGACCCCGGAAGGUAAAAAGGCCAUUGAAACAUUGAGGGACGUGUAUGCACAUUGGGUCCCCGUGGACCGAAUUAUAUGCACCAAUCUCUGGUCUGCGGAGCUUUCCAAGCUGGCUGCCAAUGCCUUCUUGGCUCAGAGAAUCUCUUCGGUUAAUUCUAUGUCGGCAUUGUGCGAGGCAACUGGCGCUGAUGUGAGCCAAGUGUCUCAUGCUGUCGGGAAGGAUACGAGAAUAGGACCCAAGUUCUUGAAUGCCAGUGUUGGUUUUGGUGGAUCUUGUUUUCAAAAGGAUAUUCUGAAUUUGGUCUAUAUCUGUGAGUGCAACGGCCUCCCUGAGGUAGCCAAUUACUGGAAACAAGUCAUUAAGGUGAACGACUACCAGAAAACCCGGUUUGUAAACCGGAUAGUUUCCUCAAUGUUCAACACGGUUUCGGGAAAGAAGAUUGCCAUUCUUGGAUUCGCGUUCAAGAAAGACACCGGUGACACCAGGGAGACACCGGCAAUCGAUGUGUGCAAAGGGCUAAUAGGUGACAAGGCUAAACUAAGCAUAUACGACCCUCAAGUUAACCAAGACCAGAUUCAGAGGGAUCUUUCGAUGAAGAAGUUCGACUGGGACCAUCCGGUUCAUCUUCAGCCGAUGAGUCCUACCUCGGUCACAGAUGUUAGUGUCGUUUGGGAUGCAUAUACUGCAACAAAGGAUGCUCAUGGGCUUUGCAUUCUCACUGAGUGGGAUGAGUUUCAAAAGCUUGAUUACCAAAAGAUUUUUGAUAACAUGCAGAAGCCUGCAUUCGUGUUCGAUGGUCGGAACGUUGUCGAUGUGGAGAAACUGAGGAAAAUCGGAUUUAUUGUCUACUCUAUUGGGAAGCCAUUGGAUGACUGGCUCAAGGACAUGCCAGCAGUGGUAUAGGGCUUUUUCUGGCUCAAGGACAUGCCAACAGUGGCAUAGGGCAUUUGAUUUGCAUCUAGUUUUAAGAUUAUUUUAUUUCUAUCUAUCAGAGACUGUUGUUGUCUCUAGAUCUGUCUUCUUAGCCGGCAAAAUCUCUGAUUUGUAUUGGCUUUUCUGAUGUAAUAAAAUAUUUACCAUUGAUUUG